ACUCCUUGUCACUCUAUUGACUGUCCUUCUCACUAUCUACUUCUCAUCUUCAAAUUUAUUUCUUUCAUCUAACUGAACCACGUCCUACUGUCCUUUUCCUACUUGCACUCAUCAUGGGUAAUCUCUCAUCAGUCUUAUCAGCGUCAACUCCAGCCUCUCCAGACACUAGUACUACAGAUGUUCCCAAGCGCUCCGAUGUGAAAGGUCGGUCCUUUCCAGAAGCUAGCGUCUCUUCCUCAUCAAGGCGGGCUUCGAGAAAGAGAAAGAUUUCUCCCGAUCAUAACACGAAACUAAAAUACAAGAAGCCGAGGUUCUCGACGAACCGGGAAACUUUGCUUUUGGAAGAGGCUUGUUCUCUCGACGAAAUACAGAUCAUUCGCCAGCAGAUUCUCAAGGAUGGUAUUCAAUUAGACGACAUGGUACUUCCUGAUGGAUAUCGGUAUCCUGAAGGACAACAGCAGCCGCGACAAUCAUCGCUUAUGUCUUUGCGCGAUGAGGAUGAUCUUCCACUUUUUGCGGGCAGUGUCAUCAUCCAAACUCAUAUCCAGGCUUUAGCAUACGCUUUGUCUGAAUAUAGGUUACGAGGAAGAAUUCGCAACCGUACCGUAUACUGGGUUGAUGGUUCUGUUGCGCAACACCUGGAUCGGAAAAAUGCCGCCGGGGUUGCAGUUGUGUCCAAAUCCACGGACGAAGGAUCCCCUUUUUCGUGGAAGAUCCUAGGAUACAAAGUUCAUGGAGACAUGGGUUGUCCGGAUAUUGAGCUUUUGGCCAUCCUUCGAGCUCUACAGAUCGCCUAUGAUAAGGCCGUCGAGAGAAUCUCCAACGGUGCUCACGGAGAGCAAGAAAUCCUCGUCAUUUAUUCCGAUUGCAAAGAGGCAUUGAGGAUGAUCCUGCAUCUUACAAGGGCAAAACAGAAGGGCACGAAUAUAUUGGUGGAGGAAGUAAUUGAGCUCGCAAACGUCUUGAUUUCUCUUUUCGUGUCAGUUGAACUCCACUGGGUCCCUGCGCAUCGAGAUGUGCCAGGCAAUUACCUGGCUGACUACGCGGCCAGAAGGGCGUGGGACAAGACAUUUCGUUUCGAACUGACCACGAGAGAGGAAGCACUUUGUAGGGACUAUAAGAUGCGGUCAAAGUGAGGUUUUAAAUCAUUCGCAGAUGUCAUCCGGCUCUCUGAUAUUCUGCAACCUGUCAGACAUGCUAUCUGUCCAUGAUCAAUGGCGAUUGUUCUGCCCGUAUAGAACUGUUUGUGUUACUAAGGUUAUCACGCGCGUGGCAAAGGCGAGAGAGGCUAUUCUGACGUUGGAUUUGUACUGUACUAUGAAUAUUCAGAGCGUCACACAUGGACCUCGCAGGUUUCUGAACUCUUAUGGUACGAUGUGUCUAAUACAAACUUCAAAAUGUCAC